UUAUAAAAGUUGAGGCAGCCAGAAAACCCUAGCCGAAACCCUAGGAGAGAGCGAGAGCGAGCGAAGAUGAAGUACAAUCCCCGCGUCACCAGCUCCCGGCGGAAGAACCGCAAGGCUCACUUCACCGCGCCGUCCAGCGUGCGCCGCGUGCUGAUGAGCGCCCCUCUCUCCUCCGACCUCCGUUCCAAGUACAACGUCCGAUCCAUGCCGGUGCGCAAGGACGACGAGGUCCAGGUGGUCCGCGGGACCUUCAAGGGCCGCGAGGGCAAGGUUGUCCAGGUCUACCGCCGCAAAUGGGUGAUCCACAUCGAGCGAAUCACCCGCGAGAAGGUCAAUGGCUCCACCGUGAACGUCGGAAUCAACCCAUCCAAGGUGGUCGUCACCAAGCUCAGGCUGGACAAGGACCGCAAGUCUCUGCUCGACCGCAAGGCCAAGGGCCGCGCCGCUGCUGACAAGGACAAGGGUACCAAGUUCACCGCCGAGGAUAUCAUGCAGAACGUCGACUGAUUUCAGUUGGGUAUCUGAUUUUGGUAGAGAAACUAGCAACUUUCAUAUGAGCUUUUAUUGUAAGCACUUUUAUUUUGAUUAUGCAUUGAUGGAUUUGGGACAAGGGUUUUGUGCUGCAUUUUCAAUGCCAUUAUAUUUUGUUA